CUCCUCCUGUGGUCCUUGAAAGGCUGCGGAAGAUGUAGAAGCAUUGGCUGGUGACGCCUCGCAAGGGCAACGCUCUUAUGGUGCCUAAUCGGGUAAGCGCGUCGCGAACGCGACUUUCGCGUCCCCAGCUUUCUGGACCGCGAUAGGCACGAGAGCAUCACAGGUCCGCGCCAGCCCGUGACUGACAUAACCGCUCUGCUACGAUGGCUUCAAGCGACGGGAUCCUGCUGAAAGGGGCACCUUUUGAAGACCCCGCGGCCGUGUCGUCUCGAAAUGCCUCAGCGUACAGGCCGUUACAUACGUUUGAACUGCCGAAAGGAUCCGAGAAACACUAUGCGCAUCAGUUUGCCGACAUGUACUUUGUGCGAUUGGCACAAUUGAAGGAGGCGGUCAAGCAGAAGGCACAUGAGGCUUGGGAUGCAUUCGAGUUGGCCGGCGAUAAAGCAAAAUACGUGGAGCGAGUGCUCGACGUGCGGCAGGGCGAGCUCUGCUGGGUUGUAGGGACAGUGUACAUGGAGAUGGCAAUGAAGCCCAACGUGCUCGACGAUAUAUCGAAAGAGCACUGGAUUGCCGCGCCCCCAUCCCGCGACACGUAUGUAAGCCCAUCCGGCACAGACGACAUGAUGCUCGAAGACGAAUCUGGGCGACUCCGCGUCGCCGGCAACUCGUUGAACUCACACUACGUAACGGGCUGCAUCCUCGCCGCGCUGGGCACCGAGCAGGCCGACGGCUCAUUUCAAGUCAUUGCAACACAAUACGCCGACCUCCCACGGCAACCGCAGCGCUGGGAGGCCGAGGACGCAUCUCUCACAGUCGCCAAGGAGCCAACGCCGAAACGCGAAAAGGCAGGGAAACUAGCCAUAGUCUCCGGCCUCGAUAUGACCGGCAAAGACGAGGACGAUGUAACCUUGGAUUUGCUGGUGGAAUACCUCUCAGGAGAAGCAGGCGGACCCGACCAGGCCAGUGCGUCAAGUAUCACGCGGCUUGUCAUAGCUGGCAACUCGCUUUCCAACGCUUCACCAAUUCUUUCAAGAGAAGAGUUCGACGUGAGAAAAGGUGCGAAGAGGAACUACGGCUACGAUUCCUCCUCCUACAACGCUACACCCGCCGAGAAAUUCGACGCCUUCCUAGCUGAAAUCCUCCCCGCCCUGCCAGUCAGUGUCCUCCCUGGUGAACAAGACCCCGCGAACGUUGCUCUCCCCCAACAGCCCCUCCAUCCGGCUCUUUUCCCUCUCAGCAGAGCCUACCAAUAUCCGCCCGCGCUAGCAAACGAGACGCUCGAGGGGCUCGACCUGGUGACAAAUCCGUGGGAAGCUGAUGUUGAGGGAUGGAGAAUACUGGGAACGGCUGGCCAGACACUGGACGAUUUACUAAAAUACGUGGAUGGCGUAUGGCCGCUUGAUGCCAUGGAGAUGAUGUUGAGAUGGCGGUGUAUAGCGCCUACAGCGCCGGAUACGCUGUGGUGCUACCCAUUUCAGGACGACGAUCCUCUGAUACUGAAAGAAUGCCCUCACAUCUACUUUGCGGGUAACAGAGAGAAGUUUCAGGCAAAGUUUGUCAAGGGUCCGGCGGGACAACAAGUGCUGAUUGUGGGAGUACCGAAGUUCAGCAAGACCGGGCAGAUUGUGCUGGUGGAUAUGGAAACAUUGGAGGUGGAAACUGUAAAGCUAGGUUACGUAAAGCCGGGACCAUAAGAUAUUGUAAGCAGACGGAAAGGCACAAUAGCUGCAAGGUUGAGGGACGAACGAGGGAAGUUCUCGACGGAAGGAUAGCGAGGCGGAAUGAUACCCGUAUUUAGCGAUGCACCUGAGCCGCAACUUCAACAAAAACCAAGAUCACAGCAAUGUUCUCAAUCUGGUUCCAUCGUCAAUACGCAAACGCCUAUGGGGCUCGCAGUUACAUCACCCCCUUCCCCUCCGCGUCAAUCUGCGACUGAUCCAUGAUCACAAUACCCUUGCCUUUCAUCUUCCCGCUCUCUGC